AUGGCGGCGGCGUACCCGGAGCUGACUCGUACCAACUUCAACGAGUGGGCUCUUGUGAUGCAGGUGAACUUCGAGGCACAAGGGCUAUGGGAGGCCACCGUGGACGACGACGUCGAUCGGCGCGAUGAUCGGCAGGCGCUGGCCGUGAUGCUGCGUGCCGUGCCCGCUGAGAUGCGGUCGACGCUCGCCGUCAAGAAGAGUGCCAAGGAGGCGUGGGAGGCGCUACUGGCAGAGUUCGAGGCCAUCAAGUUCAAGCCGGGCGAGACCGUCGACGAGUUCGCCAUGCGGAUCAACAGCCUCGCCAGCACCAUCCGCACACUGGGAGAGUCCCUGGACGAGCCGCGCAUCGUGAAGAAGUUUCUGCGCGUCGUGCCAAGCCGGUACUCGCAGAUCGCCGUCUCAAUCGAGAUCUUGCUCGAUCUAGACAAGGUCACGGUGGAGGAGCUGGUCGGCUGGUUGCGCGCGUCGCAAGAUCGCUUCGACGAGCCCAACGUGGGAAGCGGCGGCGAUGAAGUACGUGACAAGUUCGGGCGGCUGAUGAUGGCGGAGGAAGAUUGGUUCGCGAAGUGGAAGCACAAGCUGCAGCCCGAUGCGACGUCGAGCAGCUUGGGUGGGCAACCGCAAGGGAAGGCCAAAGGCGGUGCACGCACUGACGAGCGCGAAGGCACCAGCAAGCUGACGCUGGAGGGCACGCUGCGUCGCAAGGGGCGGUGCAGGAAGCCGAAGAAGGAGAAAGCCCGCAAGUAUGAGGCGGCACAUCUAGCCAAGGCCGACGUCGAGCAGCCGGCGCUGCUGCUGGCUGCGGCGAGCACUGGAGGGCGAACGACGUCGCAUGUCGUGCACCUUCAGGAGCGCAACGUUGAUCCCUCGGACUACGGCAAUGAUGACGUGUGGUACCUGGACACGGGGGCCAGCAACCAUAUGACUAGGCAGCGCACACUCCUGGCGCGCCUGGACGAGUCUGUGGGCGGGACGGUGCGCUUUGGAGAUGGAUCCGUCGUGGAGAUCCAUGGCCUGGGCGCCGUGGUGAUGAAAGGGCGUCAAGGGGAGCACAAGGUACUAACUUCGGUUUAUUUCAUCCCAAAAUUGAAGAGCAAUAUUGUGAGUGUAGGCCAAUUGGAGGAAGCUGGGUGCGAGAUCGUUCUUGGGAACGGCAAGCUGUGUGUGUAUGAUCGAGAUCACGCACUGCUUGUGAAGGCGCCACGAACCACCAACCGACUGUACAUGGUCAAGCUGGACGUGGCAGCGCCGGUGUGUUUGCUCUCCAAGGCCGACGACGUCGCGUGGCUCUGGCACGCUCGCUAUGGGCACCUGAAUUUCAGGGCGCUCCGUGAUCUUGGUGUGAAGGAGAUGGUGGAGGGCAUUCCGGUGACCAAUCGGAUCGAGCAGGUCUGCGACGGCUGCACCCUCGGCAAGCAGCAUCGAGUGCCGUUCCCGCGCUUGUCGACAUACCGAGUUGAUCAAGGGCUCGACGUGCUCCACGCCGAUCUGCACAUGUGGGUGGAGUUCCUGGCAUCCAAAGAUCAGGCUCUCUACUACAUCAAGAAGAUCAAGGCCAGUGCCGAGACGGAGCUUGGCAGGAAGCUUCGGGCACUGAGGACGGACCGUGGUGGCGAGUUCAACUCCAACGAGUUCACUGUGUUCAGCACCGAGUUUGGCAUCAAGCAUCACACCACCACGCCGUAUUCACCUCAGCAGAAUGGUGUGGUGGAACGGAGGAACCAAACUGUCAUUUAG